GUGUGGGUUGACACAUUGUUGCUUAUCAGCAUCCAUGUAGUCUCUUUAUAUCUUUUUGUGAUGAUUAUAAUAGUUGUAUUAUGUCUGGAUGCAGUUCACUGAGUCUUUGCCUUGAAAGCUCUUAUAAUGCAAUCAGUAAAAUUUCUCAAAAGAUUCUUCAUAAUGGCUUUAACAUUAACUGCAGUUUUUCUUUUUUUCUUCUGGAACAGUAUGGGAAUCCAGAGCUUGCAGAGCUUUGCGCCUGUAGCGAUACCAGUAAAGAACAAAGUGUGCCAGGUUAAGUUUGACGAUGAAAGAAAUCAACAAGUUAGUAACAAAACAGAUUUGAAAAUGAUUUAUUUCGUGACGCCGACGUAUCCGCGGCCGGAGCAGGUGCCCGAGCUGACUCGGCUCGCGCACACGCUCAUGCACGUACCUCGUAUACACUGGAUUGUGGCUGACGACCAGCCCUUGUGCUCCGAACAAGUCGCAAAUAUCCUUAGACGUUCUGGACUUCCAUAUACACACAUAUCCAGCCCCAAGCCAUAUACUUAUAAAGUCGCUAACUUCCCACGAGGAGUGGCAAAUCGUCGAGUGGCCCUCUCCUGGCUUCUGGCUAACGUAAAUGAAGGUGUCCUUUACUUCGGCGAUGACGAUAACACUGUGGACCUGCAACUCUUUGACGAAAUUAGAAAUACUAAGAGAGUGUCUAUGUUUCCCGUGGGCCUUAUUGGAGGAUACGGCGUGUCUGCACCUAUUGUCAAAAAUGGAAAGGUGGUGGGGUUCUUUGACUCGUGGCCGGCUGCGCGUAGGUUCCCAGUCGACAUGGCGGGGUUCGCCGUCAGCAUAGAAUUUCUGAAGCCGUCCGCUACUAUGCCAUAUAUCGCAGGACAUGAAGAAGACAUGUUCCUUAUUAGCUUAGGAAUAAAGUUGGAGGACAUAGAACCAUUAGCUGAGAACUGCUCCAAGGUGCUCGUGUGGCACACCAAAACGCUGAAAUACCCCAAACCUACUCUAAAGAUAAAUAUUAAGCAAUAUGAUAAAGAACUCACACCAAAGUACGAAAGUUUUGUGAAUUUGCUCAAGGAAAUAUCUAGACAGGGAAUGGCUGUUUUAGAUGCCAAAACUGGAACAAAAACUUUAGUGAUACGCGAUAGGAAAACGUACGAAACGUUAGUUGGCCUUCAUUAAUAUACGUAAGUAGUAGUUUAAUUUAACUAUGGUGAUCAUUAGAUUAUAUAGUUUUAAAGCAUACUUUAAAGAUCUGCCUCGUGGGAUUGUUUGUGACAAAUAAGUAAUUAUGGCAGUACAUAUUACAUUAUACACAUUAUUAUUAAAUAAUAAUAGCAGAAAAUGUCCUAACCUUUCCUUAUACAAUUCUCAUAUAAUGUAUUUCAGGCGUAUAAUUGUUUGGGUUCCAGACAUUCCCACGAGAUACUCUUAAUGUUUAAUUGAAUUUAAUCAAAUGAGCCGUGCACUUGGAUAAAUUAAUCAUACAUAGUUCCUUUAACUAAAGCGCUGUGACUAACUUUUAAUGUAUAAUACUUAACCCUUUAAUGCAUGACCUUGACAAAGAUUUAUUCAUAUUUGAAUUUUGACAUGCUGUCAAUAGAGUCAAAAAUACAUGGUGCAUAUAUACAUCACUAUGCAUUUAAGGGUUAAAGCAGUACUGCCUUGCCACACGUAACAUAACUAUACUAAACUUAAUAUGUUUGGUGAAACAUUUCGGAUGAAUACGAGGAUGACUUCGAAUUUCUCAUGUCUCUCAUACUGUGUGGUGGGGCAGAAUGGCUUAAAGAAAAUUUCUUCAAAAUAUUACGAGUCAUGAAUAUUCGAAUUCGGACCAUCGUUAGAUAGAAGUGUGAAAAUGCAAAGCAAUAUUUGGGGCCUUUUUAGAGUUUUAGAACUUAUUUGUUAAUAUAGCGGGUCUGUAUUUUGUGACUAGGAAGAAAAUAAUUAGCCUUAAUCAUGAAAUCAUGAUGGUCAGAAAAAUAUUAGGGGAAAAAGAAGAUAUCAGGAUCAUUUUUCUCUUGACGUUAAAGUACACAAAUAAAAUGCCGGCAAUAAAUAAAAAUUGAGCUACAACUCGUGUUCAGCAAAUGAUUCACAAACGGUCAACGUGAAUAACCAAUAUUGAUCUGCAUUUCUGCUAAGUUAUUGGCUUAAUAAAAUAGUUGAUCUGCAAAAUAAUUAUUUGGUUAGC